AUGAAAUCGGCCCACGUCUUCCGAAAGGGAGAAGAUCAGCUCGAUGUCCAGAUCAAGGAUAUCCCAAUUCCCCAGCCAGAGCCUGACCAGGUCCUCAUCAAGGUAGUCGUCUCAGGCACAAACCCCAAGGAUUGGAAAUAUCCCAUCCUCGUCAAGAACGUCACAGGGCUCAACACGGGCGACGAUAUUGCCGGCUAUGUGGAGGCAGUGGGCUCCAACGUCACCGAAUUUAAGGUCGGCGACCGUGUAGGUGCCUUCCAUGAGAUGCGCACGCCUCACGGUUCCUUCGCCGAAUAUGCCAUCGCCUGGGAAAAGACCACUUUCCAUCUUCCCAAGCAGACCUCGUUCGAAGAGGCGGCAACAAUCCCUCUGGCAGCCAUGACUGCCGCCGUCGGACUUUAUUGCCGCUUGGGUUUGCCGGAGCCAUGGGUUGCUGUGUCUCAGGCCCGUAAGGAUGCUCUCGCAGGGGGAGUCGUCGUCUACGGCGCUGCUUCCGCCGUGGGCGCUUUCGCCGUCAAGCUGCUUGCCCGUUCCAAGAUACAUCCUAUUAUCUGCGUUGCUGGCCGGGGCAUCCCGUUUGUUGAAGGCCUGAUCGAUAAGUCCAAGGGCGACACCAUCAUUGAUUACCGCAAGGGUGACGAGCAUGUUGUUGAGGGUCUCCGUGCUGCUGUCCCUGCCGGCCAGAAACUCCUGUACGCCUUCGACGCUGUCAGUGAAAAGGGUAGUUACCAGAACAUCAUCAAGGUUCUCGAUCCUCACGGACACAUUAGUUUAGUCCUACCGGGAAAGAAGUACGAAGAGAUUCCCAAGACAGUCAAUCAGACGCUCACAACCGUGGGCUCCGUCCAUGGUGUCCCCGAUGACUUGACUGAUUUUGGAUAUGCCUGGUUUAGACUGUUCAGCUUGGGAUUGAAGGAAGGCUGGUUCAGUGGACAUCCGUAUGAGGUGGUACCUGGCGGCUUGAACGGUGUACAGACCGGCCUGGAGAAUCUUCAGCAUGGCCGGGCGAGUGCCGUGAAAUAUGUAUAUCGCAUUGCCGAGACGGAGGGCGUGGAUCGGAGCAAAAUUUGA